AUGGAGACCAGUGUGGAUACGCUUGUGUAUCAACUAGAAGAUGACGACGCCAACGUAAGAUGGAAUUCAUUGCAGAAGCUUCGGAGGAUUGCAGCAGUGGAAACCUCUCACUUUCCGGUUCGCAACGUACGACGCUUUCUUCAAUGUGUCCGUAGACGAAUUGUAAGUGAAGCAGACCCAAAUGUAGCUAUUGAGGCGCUGAGAUUGCUUGGAGACGUGAUGGUCUCGCUUGGAGAUAACGUUGAUCAAAUCUUGUCUUCAAUUCUGCCGCAUUUGAUCUCGAUUCUACCAAAAACACGUAAGAACCAGGACCAAGAUGGGGAUAGUGACGGAGAAUCGGAUACUCUUCACGAAGAAAUGUUCCAGGUCUUUCGGAAGUACGCGACCGUCACAAAUGAUCUCCAAGCUGUUGCAGACUUGCUCGUUAAUAUCGGUCUUGGAAGUGGAUAUGGUUGUGUACGCGAAACCUCGCUUAUUGUCUUGAUGCGAUUGCUGGACGAGCGAUUCCUGAAGCGCUCAAUAAAUCGAGGCGAAUCUACAAGAAAUGCAAUUGGUCGAGGAGACAAAGUGCUUAUUGUCGCUCUGGUACAAGCUAUUAUACCGGCUAUGGAAGAUACCAAUGAAAAUGUGGUUGUAGCAGCUGAAGAAACCAUCGCCAAACUCGAAUCGUAUUGGGGUAGUCGGUUUCACAGCGACGUGAUGAAGUUUCUAAGCAUUGAAGACAAAGUGACAUUACAGGAGCACCAAGAACCGAUCGUAGACUUCUUGCAGGCAUGUACAACCUCUACAUCCUCUCCUAGUUCACCACCGCAGUCAUCACAACCGACGUCUGCUACAUUAUCCAAUGAUACAACUUCACGGCAUUCUCCUCCGCAAGUUCAUCCCCUAACUUUGCCCGAAGAGCUAUACUUUGGUUUCUUGAAAGCUGAUAUCGUGACGAUAUUAACUACUUACACGAGCAACUCAAAUGCAGACUGGAAGAAGCGCUCAGCAGCCGUUGAAAAGCUGUACGCAGCCUGCAAAGAGGUGGAUGCUGGUACACUGCGUGGAGCUACAGCGGAAGAGCGAGCCAAACAGAUGGACGAACUGGAGAAGCUUUUCGACAUCCUGGUGCGUCUUACGCAAGACGUUGAUAUACAUCUUGUGAAACGAGCUCUCCAGAUCACCCAAAUACUAUUCCGUAAGCUGAGCCCACCGCGACACAAAGAAGAUGAACAUACACAGAAUUAUGAUAUUGCGGAGCUCAGUAACAAGAAUGCAGCUUUCUACGUGACAAAGAUGUUAUCCCCCAUGGUAGAAACCGCAGCAAAUUUUGUUGGAGAUGACGAUGAGAUGGAGAGUUUCGUGUAUGCUCUGCUUGGACAGGUCUUUGCAAGUGGAUGCGUUAGUGUUGCCUCUAUCGAGAAACUACUAGCGUCGACUUCACUUCGACAUCGACGUCCCCAAAUACGAGAGGAAGCAGUGAAAGUUUGGAUUGUGCUUCUUUUGAUCGCCGAUCGUGAAGGUCUCUUAUCAGAAAACUACGCACCGACCGAGUAUGUCGUGCAAACGCUUGGACGCUUGCUUGGUGACUCAAAUGUACGUGUGCGUGAUUUAGCUUUCGAAGUGGCUGUUGUGUUCGCAAUGGUGUGCUGCUGCAACAUCUACGCACUUCUGGAGACUUUUAUAGAUGAUGAAUAUGUUUCAGAGCGAGUGGAUUGGGCUGCAUUGCGUGCGCGAUUGAGGCGAAAGCAUAUCCCCGAACUUCGAUCCAAUUGCACACUACGAAUGAAGCCAGCGGCUAGUAGUGUAAGCAGAAGUCGGUCAAGUCGACUUGCUUCGAGUGUAGAGCAGUCGCUGGAUAGUAGUUCCGAAAUGAAAGUGAUGGUGGAAAACGACGAGCGAAAGUCUCGCGAAAAUCGCGUCCUUGAAUCGAGCAGUGAAGAUGGCCCUACAGCAGUCGAUAUCAACGAAAAACUAUCUGCCUUGAGAAAGAAAAUGGACCAGCUUCAACAGCCUCGUGCCAAGCGAACACAGCGUCCUAACAGUGAAAACACCGAGCGAGGAAACGAUGAAAAGACAGAACCGACAAUGCAAAUACAACCUCGGUCUAAAAGCUCACCUGAACAAUCUGCUAGUAAAUCCGUCGGCGAAAUUGAGAGUCAAACCAGCGAAACAAAAUUAUAUCACUCCCGAGGCAAGCGAGUCCACCCGAACAAGAUUGCAGUCACUCUUCCAGCAUCAGAGGCAUUCACGACUACACCACGACAGCCGUCUGAGCUUAGCCCUCAGCAAUUACAGAGCCUACAAAGUGAUGCACACAAUUACGAAGAUCGUCCACUCAAGUCUAAGUUUAUUGACCGAACAAGAGAGCUCAAAACAGAAUCUUCCUCUCAUUCAUCGCCAGAUGAGCGACCUAUUCGUCCGAUGGCUGCUUCAGGUGGUUCGGAUCAAAUCUAUCUAAACUCCGUGGACCAAGAUACCUCUGGCGAGCUUGACAACAACAACGAAACCCGGCCGAUGAGGAAAAACAAUAGCGAACGAGUGGUGUCCCUAGCAACUCGAAAGAGAUUGGAGGCGAAGACAAAACAGGAUGGCCAAGCAAGUAGUAACAGCUCUCCAAGGGUGCUAUCACCCGAGGAACUGGGACGAGAGAAUGGCAUGCAAAAGCCCUGGAAGAAACCAGCGAAAGGCAAAUAUCCUGAUGAAGUUCCUCGACCUGUUAAACAAGAACCACGAUACUUGGAGCCGAACGAGAUCACGCCUUUGGUUAAUCCAAAGCAAGAAUUGAGCAACGUUCUCUGUCAGCUUCAAAGUAAUGACUGGGAGGCCAACUUCGACGCACUGAGUACGGUUCGGCGAAUUGCGCUACACCACGCUAGCAUAGUCGACGCAGUCAAGGUACACGCAAUUACCACUGGAAUUAUGAAACAAGUCCCGAAUCUGCGUUCGUCAGUCUCUAAGAAUGCCCUUUUGGCACUCGAAUCCAUGUGUGCUGCUUUCAGUCGAACGAUGGACAUGGAAGUGGAGAAUAUUGUCCCUGUCUUGCUCAAACGUUGUGCAGACUCGAACGCAUUUGUAUGUGAAUCAGCUGCAGCUUCGUUACAUGCCGUGGUGCUGAAGUGCUCUACGUCUCGAGUAGUAUCAGCAUUGACGUCUCAUGUGAGUAGCAAGGCCGCACCAAUCCGCCGAGAAGUAGCUCGUGGCAUCCACACACUAAUUGUGGGUCAGCCCGAAAUCCAAGCAAACAAGGAGUUACCGUCGAUUAUUCAGCUAGUUGGUCGAUGCCUUGAAGACUCCAAUAACGAGGUGCGGCACAUCGCAAAGCAAUCAAUCUUACACUUAUACUACAAGCAACGCAUUCCUGGAGAUCGGAUCAAGAGAUUAUUAUCUGCUUCCGCACAGUCGAAAGUCGACAGCGUUCUCAGUGGGAAAGUCGCGUAUUCACCGCAAGUACUUCUCCCCAAAUCUUCCAGUUUGUCUGAUGUUGUAUCAGAGCUGCCGUCAUCCGUCACCAAGAAACGAGAAACCACCUCAGCACCAAAGACAAAGAAGACCACGAAGCCUUCGAGUCGAGCGUCUCCACCUACAUCUAGCAAUGGAACUCGAUCCAAGAUAAAUGUUGACGAACUCCAUCGAUUAGAGGAAAAACUCGACAGUAGCAACUGGAAAGACCGUUUUGAAGCACUUAAUGAGACGACCGAUUUCGUCUGUGGUUGUGCCUCGGCUCUCGUCGAAAGCGGGAAUAUGCUGAACUUGUUCGACUUGCUCAUCAAACGUCUGGACGACGGCAAUGCUAAGGUUAAUGCGCUUGCACUCCAGUGUAUGGAGAGGAUCGUCCCUGCUGUGGGUAGCGGCAUGGAGCUGGUACUGCCGAAUUUCGUGCCUGCUGUCACGAAGAACCUCGCCAAUGCUCGAACAGCAUCUCUGGCUCAGUCUGCGUUGCAACAGCUUUGUACUCAUGCGGACAAUCGCUCCCUUUGUCAACAGUUUGCCAUCCAAGCUCGUAGUGCCAACUCGCGAGUGAUUCCAGUGUUACUUGACACGCUGACGCAGCUGACGGCACACAGCUUGGACGACAAGAAUAAUUACGUUCUUACUCGGCAUGUACUGCCCCUGGCGCUGGAUCUGCUGAAGGAAGCCAAGAGCAGCGUGAAGGAUGCGAACUCAAGGUUGAUACGGCAAUUACGUAGGACUCUAGGAUCGUCAGCUGUGUCAAAUGCAGCAUCGAAGUUGAGCACUGCGCAGCAAGACAAACUAGCGGCUGUACUACGAUGA